CUCUGCUCAUGAAUCAGACCACGAACUUACAGUCUGCGCUGCAAACACUCUUCGGACCAAACAAUCUCAACAAAUACUGUUGUCCAGGGCUUAAUGCGCGGACAAAGCGGAUCAGCCCGAGCCGAGAUGAGCACGACUAUGAGCGGCUCCGGGUCAUCAGCGCCCUGCCGCUUCGCUCAUUACUUCAUCAUAUGCGGAAUAGACAACGAAACGGGUCUAGAACCCGAUACUUUAGCAGCUUUGUAUCAAUGGCUAGAAGCCGAUCGGCAGGGCAGGGAACCAGAGGCCGUGGCAGCAGGGGAAAACUUUGAUCAGAGCCCUUUGAAAAGGACCUUCAAAUCUAAAGUACUGGCACACUACCCAGAGAAUAUAGAGUCUAACCCAUUUGAUCAGGAUGCUGUUAACAUGCUCUGCAUGCCCAAAGGUCUCUCUUUCCGAACUCAACGUGACUGUCUCACCCCACAGUUCCACUCUUUUCUCAUUACGAGAGAAGACGGUUCUCGCACUUAUGGUUUCGUCCACACCUUUUACGAAGAGGUCACCAGCCCUCAGAUCUGCUCCGCUAUGCAGACGCUACACCAGAUGCACCAAGCCGAGCAUAACGCAUCUGCCCACAAAUGCCCUUCAUCCUCCUCGUCAUCCUCAUCUUCCUCAUCUAGUAUGGACUCUUUAGCCAGCAGCCUGGAUGAAGUUGAGUCUCCAUCGUCCUCACAAUGUGCCCACAGAAGCUGUGGCUGCAUGGGCGAAGGCUACAACUCCCUUCGCGACACGCUGUACGUGUCUAAAGCCAUGUGUCUGAUUACGCCCAUGCCCUUCAUGCACGCUUGUAAACAUUUUCUGUCCCAGCUCAACCGUGCUGUUAUGUCCAGUCAGCCACCUCCACUCCCUUUGGAGAGCUACAUCUAUAACAUCUUGUAUGAAGUACCCUUGCCCCCGCCCGGACGCUCAUUAAAGUUCCAUGGUGUGUAUGAACCAAUCCUGUGCCAGAGGCCUGGUGUCGGAGAGCUGCCACUGGCUGAUUUCCCACUGGGUGAGGCCUUCCGGUUGUUGGGGGUGGAAAAUCUGGUGCAGCUUUUCAAUUGUGUCCUACUGGAAAUGCAGAUCCUCCUCUACUCACAGGACUACCAGAGGCUUAUGGUGGUUGCAGAGGGAAUCACAACGCUGCUGUUCCCUUUCCAAUGGCAGCAUGUGUACGUGCCCAUCCUGCCUGCUUCUCUACUGCACUUCUUGGAUGCCCCUGUGCCCUACCUCAUGGGCCUGCAGUCCAAAGAGGGCACGGACCGCUCCAAACUGGAGCUGCCUCAAGAGGCAAACCUUUGCUUCGUUGACAUCGACAACCACUGCAUUGAGCUGCCUGAAGACUUUCCUCAGUUCCCCAACAAGACUGAGUUCAUCCAAGAGCUGAGUGAGGUGUUGCUCAGUUUUGGCUUGUCUCCAGAGGGCAGCAACAGCUCUCUUGCACCUCCAGUCACCACACAGACCUCCACACUGGAGGUCAAGCUAAAAAGCACGUGUCUCAGCAAAUUAGUGGAUGACAAGAGGAACGGGAACCUUGGCGGAGAAGUACUGGACGUCUUAGAGCUUCUUCAGGGCAACCCAACUCUAGAGCGACUGCAGGCUCUGGCCAAGAGGACUGGGGUGAAAGUGGCCCAUUUGGAGGUGUUGGAAGCAGGGCAGAAGGCCACAGGGGAGGAGGGUGUUGGAGGAAGAUCUCCUGCAGAGGAAGAGGAGCUGUGGAAUGCUAAACUGAACGUGCAGCUGAGGGAGGUGGUUGCCGCACGCUUCACAACGAUGUUUACGGACUACGAGUCGUUUGUGAUUCAGAAUUCACCAGAUUUGGAGUCCUGGCUGACCAACAGAGAGCAGAUGCACAACUUUGACAAGGCCUCAUUCCUUUCAGACCAGCCAGAACCAUACUUACCCUUUCUGUCACAUUUUAUUGAGACGCAAAUGUUUGCCACCUUCAUCGACAACAAGAUCAUGUCUCAGUGGGAGGAAAAAGAGCCCCUCCUACGAGUGUUUGACGGACGCAUUGAAAAGGCCCGCCUCUACAAUGUCCGGGCCCCCAACCUGCGGUCUUCAGUCUACCAGAAAUGCACUUUCCUCAAGGAGUCUGCUCAGGCCAUUGAGCAACGGCUAAGGAAGAUCGAUCAUACAGCCAUCCAUCCUCACCUGCUGGAUAUGAAGAUUGGUCAAGGAAAAUACCAGCAGGGAUUCUUCCCCAGACUGCAGGCUGACGUGCUCGCCACAGGGCCCGCCAACAACAACAGAUGGUCCAGUCGCACAUGCUCGACUCAGCGUAGAGUAGACCGACACAGACAGCAGAACGAACAUCUGUUGCUGGACAGUGAUUUGAAAGAGGUGGAGGGGUAUUUGCUCCUGCAGAACUCUAUGGCUUUCUGGGAGUUGGAUAAGGCACCACCCCCACCCGUUAAACUGCCCAAAAAGUCCUUCUCGGCCUACUGUCUGAAACACAUGCAGGAAGCCCGUAACCUGGGGAAGAACCUGAGACAACCCAAACUAUCAGACCUCUCUCCAGCUGUCAUCGCUCAGACCAACUGGAAGUUUGUGGAGGGCUUACUGAAAGAAUGCAAGAUGAAGACCAAGCGUAUGCUGGUGGAGAAGAUGGGGAGAGAGGCUGUUGAACUGGGACACGGAGAGGCAAAUAUCACAGGGCUGGAGGAGAACACGCUCAUAGCAAGCCUGUGCGACCUACUGGAGAGAAUAUGGAGCCAUGGCCUACAGGUCAAACAGGGGAAGUCUGCACUGUGGUCUCAUUUAUUGCACUACCAGGCGAGAGAAGAGAAGAAUGAACUCCAGUCCGAGUCGCCAGUGUCUAAUGGGCAGGAAAGACGUAAGCUGGAGUCCAGUGUUGGCCUUCCUGUGUUACGUGUAUCACUAACACAGGAUAUGAGACACAUCCAGAACAUGGGGGAGAUUAAGACAGAUGUAGGUCGAGCACGUGCCUGGAUCCGUCUGUCUCUGGAGAAAAAACUGCUUUCCCAGCAUCUCAAACAGCUGUUGUCUAACCAGGUUUUAACCAAGAAGCUGUACAAGCGUUACGCUUUCUUGCGUUGUGAAGAGGAAAAAGAGCAGUUUCUCUUUCAUCUCCUGAGUCUGAAUGCUGUGGACUACUUCUGUUUCACCAGCGUCUUCACCACCAUAAUGAUUCCAUAUCGGGCUGUCAUCAUCCCCAUCAAGAAGCUUAGUAAUGCCAUGACGACGUCCAAUCCCUGGUUGUGUGUGUCUGGCGAGCUGGGUGACUCAGGCAUCCUGCAGAUCACUAAGAACGUUCUGGAAAUGACGUUUGAUUCUGCCUUUAGGCCUCACACGCACAUCUCCAUCGCCUACAAGUGUCAGAAUCUCGGAAAGCUGACAACAGUGCAGCUGGGUCACGAUAAUUCUGGCUUGCUUGCCAAGUGGCUGGUGGAUUGUGUCAUGGUCCGCAAUGAGAUCACCGGACACACAUAUAAGUUCCCUUGUGGUAAGUGGCUUGGGAAGGGUGUCGACGAUGGCAGUCUUGAGCGAGUUCUGAUUGGUGAAUUUGUAGUUCCGUACAACGAUGACGAAGGUGGACGAGGGUCUAAAACUCCGCCUUGUCAGCGCUCACCUUCACAGAUUCGGCGGAUCAGCAUCACAUCACUUACGGGCCGUGGAAAUAAACCAACAACAGUUCAGAUACAGGAAUCAAUCGGCGAAUCAGUGAACAACAUUAUAAAGCAUUUCCACAAACCAGAGAAAGAGAGGGGCAGUCUUACAGUUCUGCUGUGUGGAGAAGGUGGACUGGUGUGGGCCCUGGAGCAGUUCUUCCAUCAUGGAUUUCGCACAGCUCGACUCUUUCAGAAGAAUGUCUUUGUGUGGGACUUCUUUGAAAGGGCAGUAGCGUGUUUGGAGAAUGCAGAUCAAACUGGAGAUUUGCAAGAAACACCAGAGCCUCUUGGUCCGAAUUGUGAAUCUUUUUGUCGUUACGUCAAUGGCAUCAACAAUACACCACGCAACAUUGGCAAAGACGGCAAGUUCCAGCUGCUAGUUAUCCUUGGGGCAAGAGACCGAUUGUUGUCACAGUGGCUCCCUCCACUGGCCGAAUGCCCUGUCAUCACACGGAUGUACGAGGAGAAUGCAUUGCUGCGAGACAACCUUACAGUCAGCUCUCUCGUCGGCGUCCUGCAAACGCUCAAUGACUUCCCCAUCACGCUGGAGACCUCCCUAACGAAGGGCGUUGACCUUUAACUUCUCAUACUGAGAUCAAAGUCAGACUCCGCUCUCUGUUCUAGCAUCUCUGGCCCUCUCUUCUGCCACCCUCAGGGCCAAAACGGCUCUAAAUAUGACUCCGCCUUGUGCAUUCGCUGACUGGGCAUGACUAGAUACUUCUCCAUAUGACUGCCACCUGCAUCCCCAAAGAAAUGAGACUCGGAACUUCAGAAAGGUGUUUUGUAGCAGUAUUUUGAGUUCUUUUGAACUGAAAGCAGUGUUAGCGGCAUAUUUGAGAAAACUUUCCUAAACUUUACCUGUGAAUUUGGGUUUCAAAUCUGUGGUCAUUUCUGCACACAUUUGUCUGUGAGCGCGUGUGAAAAUGUAGUUGUAUUCUCUAGCGGGUAUGCUUCAUAUUAUGUGCCAUCUUUGGAAAGCACUGUAGGAAGCAUGUUUUUGACAAUGUUACUUAAGAUAACAAGCAUUUGUGAAAUGGUUUAACCACUGAGGAGCCUUAGUACUGACAGAUUAUAUAUGUCCUAAACAUUCAAUAAUGGUUUUAUUAGAGGUUCAACAGGCAACUAUAUUUGAAAGUAUUUGAGUUUAUCUGUAAAUUUGAUGUCUUUAUGUUUAAACUAAUGCCAUCCAUGCUUUGAUUUUCAGUCAAUAUCUAAGGAAUAUUCUUUCAACAAAACAAUGGAUAGUCCAAACCUGGUUGUCAAUUUGAAACAUUCUUUAUAAAUGGUAAAGCAAAGUCUGUUGAAUGAAAUUUAAGAGAAAAUGGACAUUCAUCAAGAUGUGAAUUACAGUACUGUAAGUGUUACAAGAUGCGUUGAUGUCUGAAAGUGUGUGUGUGCGUGCGCAUGUGGUUUAUCAGAUUAACACUUUGGGAAUAUAUGUUUAUUUUGCCAAUGAGUAUUAAGUUUCAUUCAUAGAUACUUUUGUGUACUUUUUAUUUAGAGAAACACAGAAAAUCAACGUAAAAGCAAUAACACACCACUUUAAGAACCAGUGUGUGCCGUCACAUGUACAGUUACAAAAGUUUGAAAUAGAGUAAAUUGCCUUUCUCACUUAAAUAUUAAUGAGCAGUUAUCUGUGGGGUGCUUUAAAUAAAUAAAAAAUUGUAAACCCUACUAUUUAAUACUAAUUGAAGGUCUUUGAAAUCCAGCAUAUUACAUUGUAAAUCCAUGUGUAAUUACUGCAGACUUGCACAUCUCUUACAAGUAUUGUCCUUAACCCUGUUUAUGUUCUUUUAUGCCUCUGUUUUAAACCCUAAAACUAUGCUGAGAGAAAUUAAGUAGGAUUUACAGAUGAAGACAGUUGUUACAGGUUGUCUGAGAAUCACUUUUUUUUUUUUUUUUUUCAUUGUUGCAUAAUAUUAAGUUUAGCUUUUUAACAUGACUCAGUAUUUUAUCUAGUUGUUUAUCAGUGAUAUAGCACGUAUUCAACCUGUGUAUUUUAUUUCUUUUUUUAUAAGGACUACUUUCAUGACACUGGUUUAUGUUUGGACUAAUAACUGAAUCUUGGGGUUAAUUAUGCAGUAAUGUGUCACUGUAUCAUUUAUUUUAGUAAAUGGGUUCGAUAUGGGAUAUCCAUCAAACAAAAAAGUUUUAUGUCCCCAAAUUUUCUGAAAUCAAAGAGAAUCGUCUCGCUGGAAAGAUGAGGAAGCCACGGGAACUAUCCCUUUUGUUUUUGCUGCCGUUGCAUGCUACAUGUUUUAGAUCUUGGAGAAGUACUGUCGCUGUAAAUGAAUUGGUUCCUCUCAUGGGCUCCUUUCUGUUCUAUUCAGGACUCAUUCAAUUCUGGUUGAUUUGUUUUAUUCCUGUAUGAGAGCAAACAAUGCAUUUUUCCUCUUUCAUCAGUUAUAUUAUGAAAAGCUCCCUGUGUAUAAUAAGUGUAUGCAUUCAUCAGUUUUGUUGUUUAUAUUUGUAAAGCAACUCAUUAAAAUUGCUCAGUAUGUCCAUA